AUGCAAAGACCAGAGAGCUUUAAGACGACAUCUACAGGAAGAAGUCUCCUUCAUGCAGCAGCGGCUCAUGGGGACCUGGAAAUGGUGGAGUUCCUGUGUGAGAAAGGUGGAGAUGUCAGGGAGACAGACAGGGGGGAACAAACGGUUGUACAUGCAGCAGCAGGAUCCAGUCUUGAAGCAGCUGAGAAGUUGUAUUAUCUCAUUGAAGAGAAACGAGCACCCUUCCUAGAUGUGGACAAGAAAGGACGUACAGCACUGUUCCCUGCUGCCGAGGUCGGGGACAGAGAGGUAGUGGAGUAUCUGGUGGAGAAGGGUAUAGACCCGACAAAGCAUGACAAUGAUGGGAAGUCAGUGCUGGAUGUAGCAGCUUCAUCUGUUCGUGAUGUAAUAAGUCGGAAUAUGAGGCGUUUGUCCUCAGCAGAAUGA